CAACAGCCCAUUUACAACACUAUCUUCAAGCGGAACCCCGUCUUCGUAUCCUCUGUCUUCCUCGCUGCGUUUGGAUUCUCUAUCGGAUACGAUCUCGUCACCUCGGCUUGGUGGGACCGUCAUAACAAAGGGAAACAAUGGAAAGACAUCAGAUCUCGCUAUAUUGAGCAGAGCGGUGGUGAUGACGAGUAA